AUGGAUGGCAACACAACGACUUCAGUUUCUCGUACUCGUGUUGAUGGUGGCUUGCGACGAAACCCUUCGAGGAACAAGAAAUACGUACCACCCGCAUUUGAUUCAGUCUCACCUGAACAACCCAACAAGCGUCGCAGAAAGCCAGAGUCUCUUGGCUCAAAGGCGUACACUCCCCAGAAGCAGGCUCUGCAACCUGAAAUGAUUUCAAAGUCGACAGAUACACCAUCUGGAAGAAUCCAUAGGAAGCCCAGGCUGUCUGAAGCAGAGAAAUUACAGCUCUUGGAUCUGUUUCCCCUGGGUGAACUGCGUUGUAUCGUGACGUUGAUACCUCCUGAAACGGGUCUCAAUGACGUGGCACACAUCAUGCCUCGAGCAUCGCCAGACCAUAAGCUUCUGCUGGUUGAACUGAACAUCGGGCUUCUCCCUCGAUCAUUGAAUGUGGACACGAGUCAGAAUCUUACUUGCAUGUCUAAAGACAUGCACAGCCAAUUUGAUAACGGACACACCACCUGGAUUAUGUUGGACAGAGUCUUGUAUUGGCUGCUGCAAAAAAUCAUUCUGCUUCGGACAUUGCCAUUGUGUCAGCGCCGCGAUCAUUUGAGGCUGGUAUUCGAACCACGCAUCUGGGAGUACGACGUUAUCUCACUGACAGACCACUGCCCCCACAUCGUUCGUCACAAUCUGGAUGCAGCGCCCGAAAUGAUUGAUCCUCCGUACAAAAUAAGGAUCCAAAGCCAAGUCCACCCGCUCUUUGUGUUCAUUAACACAUGCGCAAAGAUUAAGAGGUGGGAGAAAAAAGAUCCUGAGUGGCGCAUUCCUUACGAGCAUCGAGGAGUGCUCUCUUCAAUGGCAUAUGCUUGGAACUGGUUUUGGAAGAUACCCGAGUGGAUCGUGCAGGCAUUCAGCGACCGUACCAAGCAUGUGUUUGACAACUUUGAUUGGGACACUCUCGAAUUCGAAGGCAUAAACCUGAGCGAGCAAUCUGCGUCGGAAGAUGAGGGGGAUCAUGCCAGUUCGUCCUCCCGUCCAUUGUGCCUACCUAUCAAAGGCCAUCGUCUCAGCCGCCCUGUACCGAUACGAGAUGAUGCAACCACAGAGUCGAGCCAGUCACCUUCCCCUCCACCUUCUCCUUCACCAAAUCGUAGCAGGAAAGGUUGCAUUAAAUGCGCGCGCCUCGUAAAUCACCGGUCUGCAACAGAGGCGGGCCUUUCAGACAGCAGUGACUUCCCCAUUAUGGAACCUCCCCCAUCUGCGACAGCCUCGAGCGCCGGCAAUUAG